AUGGAAGUGAAGUGUGUUGUUGGAUGCCCCUUUAGGUUGUAUGGGUCUUGGGAUACAAGAAGGGCAUGCUUUGUUGUGAAGUCGAUAGACGGUGACCACACUUGCUGCAGAAACAUGGAGGCCAAUAGGCAAUUGAAGUCAACAUGGAUGGCAAAGCAAUUCCUGGAAAUAUUCAAGGCAAGGCCACAUUGGCCGGCAAAGGAGAUCGUAGAAACUGUGAAAAGGGCUUACAAGGUUGUGAUCAAGAGGGAUACGGCUUAUAAGGUUAAAUAUGCUGCUCAUAGGAUGCUUCAUGGGUCUAUGAAAGACCAUUACAACAAGUUGGGUAGGUAUAUCCAAGCUUUGAAGGAUGCUAGCCCAGAAUCACACAUUGUUCUGGUGACUGUCCCUUCAAAACAGUCAAAGACACCAGUGUUUCAGAGGUUAUUCUUGUGUUUUGAUGGGAUCAGAAAAGGAUGGCUAGAAGGUUGCAGAAAAAUAAUGUGUGUGGAUGCUUGUUUCCUAAAGACAUUUCUUGGGGGACAACUGAUGUCAGCUGUGGGCCGAGACGGAAACGAUCAAAUGUACCCAAUUGCUUGGGCAGUGGUGGAGGGGGAAAACAACAGCUCUUGGGAAUGGUUUUUCACACAAUUACAAAUUUGCUUAAGGUUAGGUGAUGGUACUGGGUUGACACUGGUUUCAGAUGAACACAGGGCUAUACUUAGCUCGGCUGCUACGGUUUUCCCCAACUGUGAACAUAGGCACUGUGCAAGGCACAUUUUUGCACUAUGGCACAAGACAUUCAGGGGAGAUGACAUGAAGCUAAUGUUCUGGAAGGCUGCCUUUGCAUACAACAUGGCUGAUUUUAACGAUGCGAUUAAAGAGAUGGAAGCUGUUGAUCCUGAUGCUGUUGUUGCCUUCAAAAAGUACAAUCCCAAGCUGUUUUGCAGGGCAUACUUGAGUACAGAAAAUUUGGUGGAUGUGAUUGUCAACAACAUGGCCGAAACAUUCAACGGCUACAUCAUAAAUGCUAGAACAAAGCAUUUGAUCUACAUGCUUGAGGAUAUAAGAAGUGCUCUGAUGCAGAGAUUAAUCACCAAGAAAAUGGAGAUGGAAAAAAGUGUCAAGAUUGUCUGCCCUAGAAUUCAAGUGAAGCUAGAGAAGGAAAAGAGUUGGGCUGCUAAUUGUGAUGCUUUGAUUUCAGCCCCUCAUAAGUUUCAAGUAUACCAUUUCAUGGAUAGUUUACGGAUCGACUUAGGUGUUCACAAAUGCACUUGCAGAAAAUGGGAUUUAACAGGAAUUCCCUGUUGCCAUGCUGUUUCAUGCAUUUUUUUCCUUCAUAAGAAUGCUGAAGAUUUUGUCCAUGGUUGUUACAAGAGGGAUUGUUACCUAACCUCUUACUCCGGAGAAAUCGAGCCUUGUGUGGGUGAAAGGCAUUGGCCUGUUGUUGAUUUACCUAUUGACCCCCCUCCAAUUAAGAUCGGUCCCGGUAGACCGAGGACAAAUAGAAGGAAGGAUCCUUUUGAGAACCCGAAGAAACCCGGGAGACUAACUAAGCAUGGAGUUCAGAUGACUUGUAGCAUAUGCAAGUCAACAACCCACAAUAAAAGGAGAUGUCCAAGUAGGGACACUGCUACUGCUUCCACUUCUGCAGCACCACUUCCCAACCCUGCUCCUGCUACUGUUGCAAAGAAAACUUCAGCUCCACUCAACCCUGCUCCUGCCCCUGCUGCAAAGAAGACUUCAGUACCUGCAAAUAGAAGGGCUGAAAAACAACCAGUGGCAAGUGAACCAGUUGGUAAACGAGCAAGGACAAGUACCACAUCUGAACCACCAACACAGCAGUCAAGUGUGCACUUUGAUGCCACAGCUCAACCAACCAGAACUGGUAAAAAUGGUAGAGUAAUUUACACAGGCAAGGGCUCAAGAGGAGGAGGGAGAGGUUCAAGGGGUAGAGGAGGAGGAAGGGGGAGAGGUAGAGGAAGAGGAGUUGGUGUGUUGUUCGGCAUAGAUGGAACACCUUUUAUGCAGGUAAGCAGUAAUUUAGUUGAUCCUGUGGUGCUGUAG